GCUCGUCGUACAUUUUCACGCCUAAUGUACAAACGGCAGCCGGUUACUAGUACAAACACUAGUACUCCCUCAAUUACCACUAAUCAACACCAACAACACCACGUACCGUGGGGGGUCGUUCCUCGCCGCUGUCUCUUGUUAGCGUUCCCGACGCUAUUUAUCCAAGCCUAAUCCUCAUCGAGGAUACUAACCAACUCCUAUUAGGACUGUGGUUUGGCAAACAACACCCAGCUACAGUACGGCGUCGCACAGCAGGCGCAGUGGCCCAUCUUCCGCUGAGGCCGCUAAACCAAAACCACUAAAACAACAGCCCACUCCCCCCCUUCACUGAGCUAUUCCUCCACCCCCUCCUCCACGCACUCGACGUCUCUUUUUUCUUUUUUCUUCGUUUUUCCCUUCCUUUUUGUUUGCCAGCCCUUCGCCUCCCCCCACCGGCUUGCUACGGGUACCACCCACCCCUCCCCAAUCGACCACCUGUUUGGGCUCUGACAAGCCUGGCGCCCGCUGAAAAACACCGCCAAAACCUCCAACGGCCCCGCCGCCGUCUUCUGCACUGGGCUUGCUCUGUGCCUAACUCCCGCCCCCGACGCCAAAACGUAAAAAAAAGAAAAACAAACGAGGACAGAAAAGCCAAAAGCAGCAAGAGGGACGCAGAGGCUAGUGCCAGACCCAAAAAAAACAGACGGAAGGAUUAUAGCACCUGCAGCUCAUAUUCACAACUGCUGGGCGAACCACCUUCGGCUUGCUUUGCUGCUCUUUUCCCUAAACCGGUAUUCCCAGCGAAACUCUCGACAAAUUAUUAAUCUUACCCUCUGCAUCCGUCUUGUCCUACUUCUUUCGCUCCUUCCUCAUACGCUCUCUAUUUCACACAUCGACAUCUCCUUCAUACCCGCCCACGCCGCUUCACAUCGGUAGCAUUCGACCGUUGCUUCACGCCAACUCGACGUUCUUGGGGGCCGCCUGACUUCCGCCAAAGCAGCCCACUAGUUGCAAUACAGUCCUUCGACAAGCCACGGCCGUCUGGAACGCAACUCGUACUCGUCCGUGUCAUUUCCAGCAAGGUGUUCAGACUCAGCUCGAUUCCUUUGCUGUUCGUUGUUCUCAUUGUCGUCCAUCUCGAAUACAGUGCCCUUCACCCUUGCCACCCAUCCCUCUUUCGCCGAGACUCGACAUAAACGCGCCGUUGCAACGACGCCAGCUAUUAACGAGCUCCUCUACUACUACUUCUACAACCUACCAAAACGGAUUAAGCAAGUUCGUUGCGACAUCGUAUGAUAGGGAUCCGAGAUCGCGCUAGCCACAGGGAACAUCCCACAUUGGAUUGGACCCUGGACUGGUGACGCGCCUACGCACAAUCUACCAACCCCUCCACCGACGACUAUAGCAACUCGCCGAUGACAAUUCAAACUAUGAACAAGGCCAUUCUAAGAGGCAGGAAGGCCUGCCAAGUUGCACCAAAUAGCCCUGCUAGCAGCCGCUCGCCGCGAUAUGUUAGCCAUGGACCUGGCGUAUCCUUGGGAGAUAUUGACAGAUGGCCUACAGACUCCGAAUCCGACGGUGCCUCCAGACGGAAAGAGUCUCCCAAUGGCCCUAGACAAGUCCUCCGAAGGCUAGCUCUGACCGGCGCGUCACCUAAGGGCUGCCGUCAACCGUGCAUGUGUCCCAAAAGAUCCCUCUGGAUUCACCACAGCCGAUGUGACCACUUCGAAGGCACUGAAUCCGACAUUGACACUUCAUGUGACGAAAGCUCGUAUGUCAGCAGCGAUGCUAACAAAAACCAUUCUUAUGACCAAGAUCACCAGUAUCACAGACAUCGAAGCGGCGUAAACGCUGUACUGCCAUGGCUGGCAUCUACGACUAGCGGCGGUCCAUUAAGUGACGACGACUAUGACGACGACGAGGAUUAUGAUGAAGUUGAUGACCGAAGCAUGGAGGUUGAUACAGAAGAGGAAGAGGACGACGAUGAUGAGGAUAGUGAAGAUGAAUCACAUCAACUUCAACCGGUACCGUCACGGCCAAGGAGUGUCCCAUCCAAUUCUCCAAAUCAUACAAGCCAGUUUCCUGAGCUUGCCAACCUUCCUCCUCUGCCUCAGCCACCAGCGGGCUUCGUUCCAUUACCCGCCAUUACCAUGCCCAACGGUCAAGUCAUUGAUCCAGUGCAUUAUAGCAACGCAAACCCCACCGUGUUGGGUCUUGAAAACCUCGGUCUCUUUGACUUUCUGCGAGGAUGGGCUGCGCAGGCACAUUUCGGAAUAGCAAGCGGGCUAGGAGGCCCCAACAUUCACGAGGUGCUGCGACAAGAGCGAGUCAACCGCCGUGAAAUUUCGUAUGACGAUCUCCGAGGUGAUCGAUGCGACUUUCAGGGCCUUGAUUGGCUAUCCAUGGGCACCACACGCAGUGCUGCUCGCUCCAGAAGACAGUAUACCUACCGCAACUACGUCAACCGUCAAGACUCUGAUAAAUGGAACACUCGCCACUGCAGCUGCAGCGGCAGAGAAGAGUCCAACUUCUUCAAGUUUAAGCGUACCAGCUUCCAGAACGAUGUGUGUCUGGCACACUUUCAGCUACGCAGCGUGCUAGGCUGCCCGACCCGAACCAAUGCGUUUUAUCCUGGUCGAACCGGUAUCCGACGAUUCAACACCUUGUCAGGAAAGACGGACACAUUCCUCGAGAUCCCUGAGUUUUCCAUGACCGGAUCGACUGUUACCACAUUGGACGCCGAUCUUGGCGUCGUCAUGUGCGGAACCUUUGAAGGCAACUACGUUGUCAAGGCUGUUGAAUCAGAAGAGCCCGGUCCGGAUGCCAAGGGCCAAAUCUCAGCUUAUGAAAGCGGCAUUACGAACCACAUCAAGAUUGAACAAAGCCGGUCUUCGUCUUCGCCAACUGCUGCCAUUGCCAGCAACGAUGACUUUCUACGCUUGUACGACUUUGCCACUGACACAUUUGUUGCUAAGCGCAGAUAUCCCGUCGCAAUGAACUGCACAGCGCUCUCCCCCAACAAGACGAUGCGUGCCCUCGUUGGUGAUUCUGACAAGAUUCUCAUCACAGACGAUAACACGGGCAAGAUCCAGUUUCAGCUAUCCGGCCAUCGCGACUACGGCUUCGCCUGUGCCUGGUCUGAUGACGGAUACACUCUUGCUACCGGUUCGCAGGAUAUGGCCAUUAAGAUCUGGGACGCGCGCUACUGGUCCUCCAAUAGUGGUGUCUGCCAGCCUCUACAUACCAUCAAGUCUGAGCUGGCUGGCGCACGCACUCUCAAGUUCUCGCUGGUCGGCUCCGGCCCGCCCGUCUUGGUGGCUGCCGAGGAGGCCGACUUUGUCAACAUUAUUGAUGCCAAGUCAUACAACACCAAGCAGACCAUUGACGUUUUCGGUGAGAUCUGCGGCGCUUCCUUUACCAAUGAAGGCCAAAACCUCAACAUUCUGUGCCGCGACUCCCACCGUGGUGGCCUACUACAGUUUGAAAGAUGCGGUGGUGGCCUCGAGAAGCUUCAUGGCCUGCCGCGGGAGACUGUAUGGCUUGCCGACAAUGACGCUCUCGAGCCAUUCUAAGCAACCGAUCCCUCCCUUACAUCGCCAUAUAUAUCUUAUGCUUCCAAAGACUGAAUAAUCUCUCCCUAUAUCCCUCCUCAACACCACCAACUCAUGAUGAUUCAGUAUAUUUUAUCCUCUAACGACCCUAACAUCUUAUCCUUCCCUCUUUGCACUCAUGGUCAGCCACCGAGCUGGAGAGACGCUGUGCCAGUUUCAGCCGGCGUUCAAGUGCAAUUCCUUGUUGUUUUUCUUUCCUGUUUUCAAUUUCAUCAAUAGAGCUGCGAUGAUAGAUGUUGCUACUUGCUUCUGUUUCUGUUUCUCUACGAUUAUACCUGUGCGCCUACAACAUGUUGGAUAUAUCCCCCUUAUCUUUUGUUCCAUAGCAGAAUGGCAAAAUAAAGACUACUUUUUUCACUCUUUCAACUU